ACCGUCCAUCAUCGCCCCUUUCCUUCACUAAUCUCUCUUUCCUCACUCUUUCCCCCUUGAAAAGCUAACGAUUCGGUAAACAAAGACAACAGUGAGAGCGAGCGAGAGAGAGAGAAGUAUCGUAUCGAAUGAUGAAGAGAGUGUUGGCGACGGCAUUACGGCGAAAAGAUCAUAGUUCCAGGCGCCGUUGCUUCUCUCACCUGGCCCAAAGCGCAGCGCCUAUAAUCGAGGAAUUUGGAGAUGUUGGUCUUCCUAAAAUGCCCCCCUUCCACUACUCUCCGCCUCCGUAUACGGGUCCUCGGGCGGCUGAAAUUUUGCAGAAGCGGGGAGAGUUUCUCAGCCCUUCCAUGUUCUACUUCUACCAGAAACCUCUGAACGUGGUAGAUGGAAAGAUGCAAUAUUUGUUCGAUGAGGAUGGCCGUCGAUACCUGGACGCCUUCGGGGGGAUAGCUACCGUGUGCUGUGGACACUGCCACCCCGAUGUAGUUGAAGCGAUUGUGAACCAGACGAAGCGCUUGCAGCACUCCACUGUGUUGUAUCUAAAUAACGUCAUUGCAGACUUCGCCGAGGCUCUGGCGUCAAAGUUACCAGGAGAUCUCAAGGUUGUUUUCUUCACGAAUUCUGGGACGGAAGCGAACGAGCUGGCGAUGAUGAUCGCUCGGUUAUACACCGGCUGCCAUGAUAUCAUAUCACUCAGGAAUGCGUACCAUGGGAACGCUGCUGGGACGAUGGGAGCUACUGCACAAUGUAACUGGAAAUUCAACGUCCCACAGGUUGGCAUUCACCAUGCCUUGAACCCAGAUGAAUACAGGGGUGUCUUUGGUUCAGACGGAGAAAAAUAUGCAAAGGAUGUUCAAGAGAUAAUUGAGUUUGGAACAUGCGGCCGUGUUGCUGGAUUCAUCGCCGAAGCCAUACAGGGUGUGGGUGGAAUUAUAGAACUGGCACCAGGUUAUUUGCCUGCUGCUUAUAGCAGCAUAAGGAAAGCCGGGGGUCUCUGUAUAGCUGAUGAGGUUCAGGCUGGGUUUGCUCGCACAGGGAGUCAUUUUUGGGGAUUCGAAGCCCAUGGAGUUGUGCCUGACAUUGUGACAAUUGCUAAGGGCAUUGGGAAUGGGAUUCCUAUUGGUGCAGUGGUAACCACUCCAGAGAUUGCACAGGUCUUGACUCGCCGCAGUUACUUCAAUACCUUUGGAGGAAAUCCUGUAUGUACUGCUGGAGGACUUGCUGUUCUGAAAGUAAUCGAGAAACAAGAGCUUCAGCAGAACGCAUUUGUAGUGGGGUCUCAUUUGAAAGAGCGCCUUACAGCCCUCAAGGACAAGUAUGAAAUUAUCGGUGAUGUGAGGGGAAGGGGUUUGAUGCUUGGAGUUGAACUUGUCACAGAUCGCAGAUCGAAGACUCCAGCCAAAGUUGAAACUUUGCACAUUAUGGACCAGAUGAAAGACAUGGGAGUGCUGAUCGGGAAAGGCGGGUUUUAUGGUAACGUGUUCAGAGUUACACCUCCCCUAUGCUUCACCAAGGAGGAUGCAGACUUCCUUGUGGACGUGAUGGACUACACAGUGUCGAAGAUGUGAAGUUUUUGCCAUCGAUGUGGAUAAUAUUGGUCGUUUUCACAUCUUUCUCUUCAUUUUCUAUCCAUAUGUAUCUAUUUUCAAACGCAAAUUAUUAAUAUAUGUUUGUAUCUUAUUAUGAAUAAGAUGCUGUAAUUUUGCAAGGAAAUGGUGAGAUACCACCUCCUUCUC